UCGAAUGUACAGCCGGUUCGAGAAGCAAAGAUAUGAUGGAUGGUUUAACAACUUGGCGCAUCCCGAAUGGGGAUCGGUUGACAGCCAUCUGGUACGGAAGGCACCCGCCGCGUACUCGGACGGCGUGUACAUGCUGGCCGGCCAGGACCGUCCGAGCCCAAGGCGACUAAGUCAGCUCUUCAUGAAGGGCUCGGACGGAUUGGGUUCGAUGUACAAUCGCACCGCGAUGCUGGCGUACUUUGGGCAGGUGGUCACGUCGGAGAUCGUGAUGGCGAGCGAGAGCGGAUGCCCGAUAGAGAUGCAUCACAUCGACAUCGAGAAAUGCGACGAGAUGUACGACAAGAAGUGUCUGGGCGACAAGUACAUUCCCUUCCAUCGCGCGGCUUACGAUACCAAAACCGGGCAAAGUCCGAACAGCCCGAGGGAGCAGCUUAACCAAGUCACCAGCUGGAUCGAUGGCAGUUUCAUUUACAGUACCAGCGAACCCUGGCUCAACACCAUGAGAUUAUUUAAGAAUGGUUCACUGUUAACGGAUCACUCCGGACGAAUGCCGGUCCGGAACACCAUGCGCGUGCCUUUGUUUAACAACCCGGUGCCGGAGGCGAUGCGAAUGCUCAGCUCGGAGAGGCUCUUCUUGCUAGGAGAUCCGAGGAGUAACCAGAAUCCGGCCUUGCUCACGUUUAGCAUUUUGCUGUUUUUGUGGCACAACGUGGUCGCGAAACGGGUCCAAUUGCAAAACGCGGAUUGGAGCGACGAAGAUGUAUUUCAAAAGGCGAGACGGAUCGUCGUUGCUAGUCUACAAAAUAUCAUCUACUAUGAGUACCUGCCCGCCUUUUUGGGGGAAGACCUUCCUAAGUAUGAGGGUUACCAGGAGGAGCUCCACCCGGGAGUAACCCACGCUUUCCAAAGUGCGGCCUUUCGCUUCGGCCACUCUCUAAUCCCACCCGGAAUGUAUCGCCGCGAUAACAAGUGCAACUACCGGCAGACGGCAAUUGGCCACAUGGCGCUUCGCUUGUGCUCCACUUGGUGGGACUCUAAUGGAAUCCUAACUCACAACACCAUAGAGGAGUUGUUAAUGGGAAUGACGUCGCAGUUAUCAGAACGGGAAGACUCGGUGCUUUGCCCCGACGUCCGCGAGAAACUCUUCGGGCCCAUGGAGUUCUCGCGUCGCGAUCUGGGCGCGUUGAACAUCAUGCGAGGGCGCGAUAACGGUCUUCCCGACUACAACACGGUGCGCGCGUACUACAAACUCAAAAGGGUCACCUCCUGGAGGGAAAUCAACCCGAAGCUGUUCGACCGCAAUCCCGAACUGCUCGGCUUGCUGGUCGCCACCUACUCCAACAGAUUGGACAACAUAGACCUGUACAUCGGGGGAAUGCUAGAGAGUUACGGACGACCUGGCGAGCUCUUCCGGGCGAUUAUUAGGGAGCAGUUUAUUCGAUUGAGGGCGUCGGAUCGAUUCUGGUUUGAAAACUUGGAUAACGAAAUUUUUACAGAGGAGGAGGUCGAGGAGAUACGUAAGAUCACUUUGUGGGACGUAAUCGUGAACUCGACCGAGAUCGGGCCCGAUGACAUUCAACGCAAGGUCUUCUACUGGACGGAUGGCGAUCCUUGUCCUCAACCUAUGCAGCUCAACACGACCAUGUUGGAACCGUGCAAGCACAUUCAUGGAUACGAUUACUUUGAGGGCAACGAGCUCGUUUACAUCUACGCCUGCGUGUUCCUGGGUUUUGUUCCGAUACUGUGCGCGGCCGCCGGCUACGGCGUUGUCAAGUUGCAAAACAAGCGUCGCAGGAGGCUGAAAAUUGAGCAGGAGGAGUUGCGGCAACGGGCCGAAGGAAAACUGCCCUACGAUAACAUCAUGGUCCAGGAGUGGUUGCACGCGAAUCACAAGCGCCUGGUGAAGAUCAAGUUCGGGCCGGACGCGGUGCUCAGUAUAGUGGGGCGCAAGGGCGAAAAGUUGCGCACGAUCGAGCUGAAAGGGGCCGACGCGAUUACGGUCGAGGAGUCGCACGACACGACGCGAGGGAAGAAGAAGCCCUUCCUGCUCAUUCGUAUUCCGAAGGAUUACGAUCUUGUUUUGGAAUUUGACAGCGUUGGUUCCCGAAAGAAGUUCAUCGGGAAGUUUGAGGUGUUUUUGAAUUCGUAUAAGAAGAAUUUGAUUUGCACAGAGGUGGCACGCGAAAUAAUGCUGGCCAAAGCUGAAACCAAAGAGCGAAGGCAGAGGAAGUUGGAGCAUUUCUUUCGCGAGGCCUACGCGCUCACCUUCGGCUUACGACCGGGGGAGCGUCGCAGACGUUCAGAUGCCAGCGUUGAUGAGGAGGUGGUGACCGUGAUGCGUACCUCUUUGUCUAAAACUGAGUUCGCAAGUGCUUUGGGAAUGAAGGCUGACGCCGUUUUUGUUCGGAAAAUGUUUAACAUCGUCGAUAAGGACGGGGACCUGCGAAUAUCGUUCCAGGAAUUCCUAGACACUGUGGUCCUAUUUUCACGUGGCAAAACUGAAGACAAACUUCGCAUAAUCUUUGAUAUGUGCGAUAACGACAGUAACGGGGUCAUCGAUAAAGGCGAACUGUCAGAGAUGCUAAGGUCACUCGUGGAAAUCGCUAGGACCACGAGUCUCUCGGACGAGCACGUCACUGAGUUAAUCGAUGGAAUGUUCCAAGACGCCGGAUUGGAGCGGAAAGAUGUACUGACGUACGCCGAUUUUAAAGAAAUGAUGAAAGAGUACAAGGGGGAUUUUGUCGCUAUUGGCUUAGAUUGCAAGGGGGCCAAACAAAAUUUCCUGGACACAUCUACCAACAUAGCAAGAAUGACCAGCUUUCAUAUUGAACCAUCCUGGGAAACCGAGCAGAACUACCUGCAAAAGAAAUGGAACAGCGUCACGACCUUCCUAGAAGAAAACCGCCAAAACAUCUUCUAUCUUUUCUUGUUUUACGUCAUUACAAUUGCGCUAUUCGUUGAGAGAUUUAUUCAUUACUCCUUCAUGGCGGAGCACACUGACCUGCGCCAUAUCAUGGGUGUGGGAAUCGCAAUCACCCGAGGCUCCGCAGCUUCUCUGUCGUUCUGCUACUGCAUCCUACUUCUGACGAUGUCGCGCAAUUUUCUAACCAAACUGAAAGAGUUCUCCGUUCAACAGUACAUCCCCCUAGACUCCCACAUUCAAUUCCACAAGAUAGCCGCCUGCACCGCCCUAUUCUUCUCUUUGCUGCACACGGUUGGGCACAUAGUAAACUUCUACCACGUUUCCACGCAGCCAGUCGAAAAUCUCAAGUGCUUAACAAACGAAGUGCGAUUCCCCUCAGACUACAAACCCAGCAUCACCUUCUGGCUCUUCCAGACCAUCACCGGUGUUACCGGAAUAAUGCUUUUCAUAAUCAUGUGCAUUAUCGUAGUCUUCGCGCACCCAGUCAUCAGAAAGAAGGCUUACAAGUUUUUCUGGGCCACCCACACGUUGUACAUCCCCCUGUACUUGCUCUGUCUCAUUCACGGUCUCGCGAAGUUGACCGGCGAACCUCGCUUUUGGAUCUUCUUCAUGGGACCCGGCGCGCUUUUCAUUCUCGACAAGGUGGUCAGCUUCAGAACGCGCUACAUUCCGCUGGACGUAAUCGAGACCGAACUGCUUCCCUCGGACGUCAUCAAGAUCAAGUUCUACCGUCCGCCUAAUUUGAAGUACCUGUCCGGCCAGUGGGUGCGUUUAGCGUGCACGGCCUUCAAGCCUCAAGAGUUCCACUCGUUCACGCUGACGUCGGCGCCGCACGAGAACUUCCUGUCGUGUCACAUCAAGGCGCACGGGCCGUGGACGUGGAAGCUGAGGAAUUACUUCGACCCGUGCAACUAUAAUCCGGAGAAUACCCCGAAGAUACUACUCGAAGGGCCGUUUGGCGGAGGUAACCAGGAUUGGUACAAGUUUGAGGUUGCAGUAAUGGUCGGUGGUGGUAUCGGUGUGACGCCUUACGCUUCCAUUUUGAACGAUUUGGUCUUUGGAACGUCCACGAACCGCUACUCUGGGGUCGCGUGCAAGAAGGUGUACUUCUUGUGGAUUUGUCCCUCUCACAAGCACUUCGAGUGGUUCAUUGACGUGCUGAGGGACGUGGAGAAGAAGGACGUUACAAGCGUUUUGGAGAUACACAUAUUUAUAACACAAUUCUUCCACAAAUUCGACUUGAGGACCACCAUGCUGUACAUUUGCGAGAAUCACUUCCAAAGACUGUCAAAGACCUCAAUGUUUACCGGCCUCAAGGCCGUUAAUCACUUCGGUCGCCCCGACAUGACGUCGUUCCUAAAGUUCGUGCAAAAGAAGCACAGCUACGUCAGCAAAAUCGGAGUCUUCAGUUGUGGUCCGAGGCCUUUGACGAAGAGCGUGAUGUCAGCGUGUGAUGACGUCAACAAGAGUAGGAAGUACCCAUAUUUCAUACAUCACUUUGAGAAUUUUGGUUAGACUGCCUUUUUAUAUUUGUAGUUUAGUUUGAUUUAUUUAUUGUUUGUACAUAAUAUACAAUACUUAGAUGUUUUUUAAUGAAAAUUUGUACAUAAAUUACUUUUUCUAUUA